AUGCUGAUUCCUCAUCCGGAAAACCAAAUACCGACUAUGGACACGUCAAGCCAGCCUCCAAAUCCGAGUGGUCCUGCAAAGGACCAAACUUCUUUUCCUUCCUCUCACUACCCGUCUGAUAUUCGCUUGUACGUCGUCAAUUGGCUCACCGAACACUUGCCUCAGUUAUUAUCCACUGAGCAGAUGAGAAAACUUCUUUCUGCCAGCCAAAUAAAUCUCGACGAAGUGGUUUGUUUGAUCGAAGAAGAAACCUUGAAACGUGUGAUUGGGCAUCCAGUUGGCCUUCAUGAAGAGCUAUCCAAGUAUCACAUCACUGGAAAACCGGACCAAUUCAUGAUCUCCGAUAUUCCCUGUUUUAUCUCCACUCGUUGCGCUCCCUGCAAGCUGUCCUCACCCUCCUCACCGGCGGAGGCCCAUAUGUUCCUACGGGCUCUUGGUGAUAGCGGGGGAGGGUUGUACGAUACACUUGGUGGAGGGGGUCAGCAUGAGGACAAGACAAUCUUCCACGCUCUUGCCCGGGAGGUUAAGGAGGAGGCUGGCCAGGACCUGGACUAUCCUCUUUAUCCACUUACGCCAAGGGUAUGGUGUAAAUUCAAGUACCAGGAACUUCAAGUCCAUGUUUCCUUUCCAUUCCUGGCCGUGCUUCCGGAUAGCGGGUGGAAGAAAAAAAUAAUAUUGAGCGAAGAGCAUGAAGAUUGCACCUGGAUAACCGAGGACAGGGUGAAGGAUUAUAAGUUUCAUGGAACGAAUGAGGGAAUCUUUUUGGACGCGUUCAACCGCGCACGCUCGCUGACUAUCUGGUAA